GCUUUCACUUCAAAAUAAAAGCGUAAAAUAGGUCAAACACAAGACUGAAAAAAAAUAGAUAAAAGCUCCAGGUCAAACUUUCAGAUUAGCUUCAUGUUUGUCUUUGUUUCAUUGUGCACGUGCGUUAUGUUUUACAGAUUCAACAUCUUACCAACCAAACUCACAUGAUUCCCCUCAAAAUAAGUUGGAGUGCUGCUAAACUGUGCAGCAGAGGAACACUGAAAUGAUCAUUAAAAGAAAUCCUCCAGAGGCUAAUUUACUGCAGGGAUAGUAUUUCCAGAAAGAGCGGCAAUAGGCUAGAGUAAUAAAAUGCUUCUAAAAAUAUCAUCCUGUAAUCACAUGAGCUGUAAGGUUUUCUAGGUCAAACCCUAAUGCAGUAAAAAUAUCCUCCUCUGGAAACUAGCAGGAUUAGAUUAAUAGUUUGCUAAAAUAAAGCAGACUGUUUCACUCAGCCCUUUUUUGUGGUGACUGUUUAAGUAAAAGUGAAUCAUACCAGCGAACACUGGAGGUCUGAGCGUGUUACACUUCAGUCUGCUGUUGUUGUGAAGGCCUGCAAUACAGAGCUAGUUAAUGUUUACCCAGAAAAUAUGUAAUUGCAGACUUCCCCCUAAUAAACUGUUCCAGAAUGCAGACCACAAUCCUCCUCCUGUAACAGUAUUAUUAUCUGCAGGCCUCGUGAACUGACUCCCUCUUUCUGCCUCUCUUCCUCUUACACACACACACACACGUUCACACUGUACACACAGGAACACGCAUUUAUACACACAUUUUAAAUAUAGAGAUGAUCCAACCAAACUGAAGGCAUGUUUAACCAGAGCGUGGUUAACCAGUCCGGCUUGAUGCAAAGAAGUUUCUACAUGAGGAAUCUUCAGCCAGUGAUACGGUCAAAUUGUUGCAGCUGAAAUGCUCUAAAAGAUCUGGAUUUAAAGCUCCUGUGAGGAUGAUGCCUUUUUAUGAUACACAGAAGCAAACAAUACCAUCAUCAAUGUCUAUACUGCUGAUUUUAAAGCCUGAAAAAUGUGUAAGGGGGUAGAUGUCAGGAGAGCAGCUGAAGAAACAAAUGCAUGUCUUUUUUUCGUUAUCAUAUAUUCACAAAAAUUAGAUAUUUGACCAUCUAAAGUCAUGAACGUUCCUCAUAGGACCUUUAAAUUCAAGCUUGAGCACAGUAGAAACUACAUUGAUUAUGUUUUUGGAUUUAGUAGGUUGACCAUACAUCCUCUUUUACCCGGACAUGUCCUCUUUUUGGGGAGCUGUCCGGCCUUGUCCGGGGAAGUUUAUAAAAUACUUCAAAUGUCCGGUGUUUUUUAUGGAAGUUUCGAGUUUGUGUCACGUGGACUUACUGAGUUAGAAGUGUGUAAAAGACACUCAAUCCGACCUGAAAAACUUCCAAAAUUAACCAUGCGUGACUCUGUAGUCGUGUCCUCUUUUUGGGGAUUCAGAAUAGAUUUAGUGUUUUCUAAAUGGAAAGAUAAUCCGUGUUCAUGUCAACUAACUUUUUAUUUACCACUCACUGAUGACUUUACACUCUCUUAAUGUUAGCCAGCUUGAUAAACCCACUGAAAAGCAAACAAAAUACAUAAUUCUGUGACCAAAAACCCUGCAAAGAUCUGAUGGAUCCGACAAGUGAGGCGAAUCGGUAUCACUGUUUGGUAUCACUGUUUGUCUAAAAAGUAGCGCCACAGAAAGAACUAUCAUGUUUUAAACUCUGAACAGAUUAAUACUUGAUACAAAUUUAUUUGCGCCAACUUAAGUGGAUCUUUUAAACCUCAAAUUUACUGUGUUUGUCUUUGCUGGUCAAAGCUGACAACCACAAGUUAUUAAACAUAAACUAUCCAGCAAGUUAGAGCACGUUGCCACACAACUGAGACAUAUUUUCAGUACCUUUGACAUCCAAGAUGUUGGUUGCAUUUUGUACACAAGAAUUAAAUGCAACGUGUUUAAAUGGUAUAACCCGGAAGAUGGCAAACACAGUUUACUUCUGAGUCAUAUGGUUUGAUUAAAAAGACUCCUUAAUUUCAAACAUCAAGUGACUUAAAAAGGAGUUCCUCAUCUACAAAGGGUAGCUAGCAGGACUGCAAAGUCCCGAUAGGCUUUAAACCAGCGACACAAAAACCACACAUCACCGACUUUGUGAAACCCAAAGGAAAUCGUCACAUAAGAAGACAACUGAAACCAUUUUUUAAAGAUCUGUUCUUGAGCUUUUUGAUAAUAUUCUGAGAAGUCAAGUCACCAGAUGGAGCCUGAAAUAGGAAGCGAGAGGGAUGAGAGUGAUCUGCAGUUUUAUCUCUUUUAUGCAUGUAAUCAAACAACCAUCGCACCAACGUCUUUGAGAUAAUAUUAUUUUUUUCGUUUGUUGUCAGUUUGACUCUUGGUGGUUCGUGGUUUUGUUGAAGCUAAAGAAGGUUUUCUCAGGUUUCUGUCUUGACUGCCUGGAGAGAAUCCCAUUGUGCGAAAAGGAAAAUACGAUAAUAAGCAUUCUUUUCCUCACUCCUAAAACAACACGUCGUGCAGAUAUACGGGUUUUUCCAUGACAGCAGUGAUAUUUCUUAAACACAGGCUUAUGGUUUCUCCCGGCAGCUCCAGAAGAAUGUUAAUAUCCAGGUCAGAUAAAAAAGUAACUCCAUGUUUCCGGCCACAGCUGUAAUUUUUACGCCACAACGUAACGCUGGAUGUCCCAGAUGAGGCUGAGGUUGGCUGACGUCGCUUACAUUCAUGAUUACAGUCUUUAACAUGUCUUUAAAAGACCAUUGAGGAUGGAAUUAUUUUAUGCUGGAUUAUUUUUACAUUCUGCUCGGCCUUUUUGACAUAUUGGAACACAUAGUGUUACUGGCUCCUUCAUUUUCCUCUUAUUUUCACAAAGUCUUAUUGGUUUCUGCUCAGUUUUCACUGUAAUAAGAGCCGGCAUCUGCCUCCAAGUCUGCCCGGUUUAAUACACAGGGACAAAUUGCAUUACCUCAAGACUGAGAACCGUGUAAACUGCCAAGAUGGCCACCAUGUCUUAACUGGGACUUUUCAAUAUAUAGGUGAUGUAAUUUCUGGUUAAUUAUAGUAAAGAAAAGUAGAGCUGCAGCUAUCGAAUAUUUUAGUAAUCGAUUACUCGAGUAAUUGGACCCGAACGGCAGACUCACAUGAAGUUAGAUUUCCUAUAGCCCCACAAUGAAGGCCAGACUCGGAGAAAUAGAGGACAAUCGCGGAACAAGCGUGUGUGUUAGCGGACUGCAAUGCUUGUAAGAAAGCUAAUUAUGAUAUUAACUUUCAUCAUGUCCCUGAAUCUGUGCGAAACAGUCCCGAUUUGAGUUUAUAAACGAGGACUCAAGGCAAAGAAAAUUCUUCGAUCAUUAUUUGUAAUCGAGGUACUCGAGGUAUUCGAGGAAUCGUUUCAGCCCUAAAUUAAACAAAGCUUUAAAUCUCCAUUUUUAUGAUAAUUUGAUAUUUGGCUGUGCUGAUAUUUUCAAGCUCAUAAGUUAAUGAAACUUUCACAUCACCAAAGUCAUGAUGAGUGCGAACCAAAACCGUGCAUGUUCAUUUCCAAUGCAGCACGAGUGUCUGCUGAAAAAAGAGACUUUCUGCUCUUAUUUUAGUGGCUGUAUUCUCACAGCCAAGAAAACGAACUCUGUCAAAUAAUCCAUGAACUACCUGACUGACUGUUAAAAAAAAACAAUAAGCACUAAAGAUGUUUUUCAUUUUUAAGCAAGAAGCAGAGGAUCAAAACAUUUACAUUUCAAGUGAUUUGAGCAUCUGGAUUGCAGACCAACAUGAAACUGGCGCAGAGUGGGGGUAACGGUGCAAGAGUUUUAUACGAUUCAUGGUUUACUACACUAAUGCUGGGUUUGCAUUUCACAAUCAGUGUCAGAGUUUUACUAAUCUCGGUCGGUUUGGCGCAGUAUGGUCUGAAAACUUGAUCGGACUGGUUGGAGGCAGUCUCGUCUUGGCGUUAAGAUAAAUUCAAACCUGUUGAAUAUUAUCGUCGGGCUUGAGUCUAAUUUUAGGCUCAACAAACGAACACAUGUUUUGGCUCAUAGUCUACCACCCCAUUCAAAGCGGGGGUUAAUCUGUUAGUUAGCAGGCUAUGUCAAAGUUAGUGGAGGUUUAAAGAGCUGCAGCAGCUUCUUCUUCUCUCCACUUUAUCACAUUAGUCACAAGUAAGCGAGAAAAAUAUAAAUAUACUUGACUUUGCAUGAUACGUUAUUGGAGGAUGCAGCAGGGCAAACCAUAGGGCAGGCCACAUAUAAGUCCUGGAUCUGUGGGAUAGAAAGGUCACUGUAAUGUUAAAUUACUCUAAAGUUGAGAUAAAGGCAGGACGAGCGACAGCUGCGGCGAUGUAGAUGACAUGUAAGGCGACUAAAACAUACAUGAAGCAGCUUUGAGAAAGAGGCAGGUCAUACAGCUGCUAAAACAGCAGCGGUGCAGGAUUCAGAGGAGGAAUACAAGAACUUAAAACCAACGGAAAUGAGAGUUUUAACCAAAAGUGAUUCAGUGUGAAAUGCAGCAUUCGCUCAAGAUGACUUAACUGGAGCUGUAACACCCACGUUUUACCGAUCUGGACUCAUCUUUUAAUAAACAAAGUGAAACAAACAAACAAAAGUCAGUAUCUUAGACUCUGCACUUGUCUGUUUUAGAGAAAAGCUGAUCCUGGAGCAGAGCAGGUGAAGAUAAUAAAUCACAACAAGUCUAACCACAUGGCUCCUGAUGCCAAAGUCAAACUCAGUCAGUGAAGCAGAGAGCGGAGGGGGCGGGGUUUAUGAAGAGGAGUGUUUUUCUUCCCCUCUCCCUGUGGGAAAAAAGGGGGCUCAGGACAUGCUGGCAUCCCUGGAAAACACUGAAAGGGGGCGGAUGGUGGUGGAGGUGGUGGUUGUGUUGGUGGUGGUGUUGGUGGUGGUGGUGGUGGUGGUGGUGUGGUGCGUUUUCUUUCUUCUCCCCCCUUCCUCUAACUCCACUCUGCCUUGUUGCCCUCGGCUCCGCCCCUUCCGUGAGCUGGGAGGUGGUCGAGGAGUGUGCGUGUGUGUGUGCAUGUGUGUGUGCAAAGUGUCGGGGGGGCUCUUAUUGAAGCCGAGCGGAGUGGAACCUCUUGCAUUGUCUCCCCUCCUGCACCCCACCUCCCCCUCGCUGCCUCACCCCCUCGUCUCCCUCCUCCUUUCUCCUGGGACAAAGAAUGCCCUGAAUGCCUGGCGUCUCCUGCAGUGUCAAAUAACUAAAGGAUAGGUGGAUCUGUGCGAGGGCCCAGGAAGAAGAGGAGGAAGAGGAAGAAAAACACAAACCAGAGGAUGUUCUAGCUGACUGACUGGAUGUUUGUAUUUCUAUGAACUCAUGCAAACGACCCAUCUUUUUAUCCUUUCAAUACCAACAAGUCCUUAAACCUCAAAGCCUCUGCCUUCUGAAAAGACUCAUAUCAGACUGUUUUUACCCACAACUUUUCACUUUAAAUAAACAACUGAGAUGUCAAGGUAUUUAAAAAAAACAAAGACAAAGAAGUAAAAGUAAUGCUGCGUAGGAAGUCGGGAUUUCCAAGCUCCUAAUUGGAAAUUUAUCUGGAACGCCCCCCUAAAGUCAGACUCGGACGAUCCUCACCAACCCCGACUUGACGACAACGUCAUAAUCCAAGAUGGCAGCGCAGUGCGUCAACAGUAAAGAGUAACAGUGAAAGUUCUCGUAAUGUUUUAUUUAUUAGCACUUCUGUUUUGUUUGUGUGAAAUUUAAUAAGUGGUUUAUGUUGUACUGCCCAACGUCUAACUGAGAACACGGUGCUAUGGUGUUUGUGAGAGUAAAAUACUGUGUUAUGCGUUUUUUACAACUGGUAUAGCUAACAGCGGCUAACAGUAGCCGUCCAUCUUGUUUUUCUGACUUGUUUACUGGAACGCCGUCAACUUGGGUGUAAUGACAUCCAACUUCUGAGGUAACUGGAAUGUCGCAUAAGUCCAGCUAUUAACCUUAACUUUAUCUUAGAAGGUUUUAGGUCCAUAGGUCCUCAUGGUGGAGAAGAAGGAAACCUCAAUCAAUUUAAAAAUCAAAUUUUAUUUAUAUAGCAGUUCACAUCAGUCGUCAUCCCAAGAUGCUUUCCAAAGAAAAAGAGCAGGUCAAGACCCAACCUAAGAUGGGAUCUGGCCCAUCUCAUCUAACAUGAGCGACAGUGGCAACGAAAAACUUCCUUUUAACAGGCAGAAACCUUGGGAAGGACCAGACUUAUGCUAGACAGCCACCAGGCCGCUGCUGGGCUGGGGAGGAAUACAGAAAGAUAGGAAGUGAGAGAGAGAAAGGAGUGGAGUGGAGUGCUUCUCCACUGGAUAAAGAUUGAUGGGGAUCUCUCACAUUGUUUUUAAUAUAUUGUAGUCAGAAAAAUAUGUUUUAGUUAAAUUAACACACACUGCAACUCAAUCACACUUUAGCAAUCCUGUUCGGUUUGAUCGAUUAUGGGAACAGAAUUUCAUACCGCAGAUUGAAAUCCAAUAACUCAUCAGAUGUCUUUAAUAGAUUAAACAGCUCUGAAUUGUUUACUUCCAAAGCUUAACCUCAUAUUUCACUCGUCACUGCAAACAUUUGCCAAAGUCGUCUUAUGAAACUACAAGUGUGGUUUUAAAAUUAUGUCCCGGGAGGUUUGACAUUCACAUCUAUAAACAAACACACACUGCAGCUCUCUACUUCACAUGUACACACCCACUUAGACACACUGCAGCCCUAUCAUACAGGGAAUGUAAUGGUCGACCGUGCUAAUUGCUGCAGCGCUGCAAAGCAAAGAGAACAGCGCGGCCUCACAACCACAUGAAAUCAUCUUAUUCCGCAAGCAGUGUGUGCACAAAAAAAGGUCCAUCCAUCAAGCUGUCAUGCUAACCUCAGUCUCUUCCAAAGGUAGGAAGUGAAACUCUCUCUACACACAUGACUUCAUCCUCACAGCACACCAUUCAUUACAGGCCGCAGCUUAAGGAGACACACAGUCAGGCUGAAAUCAAAUAAGUUUGUUUGGUGCCCCGGAUGUGCGGUUCCCUCCGCGGCAGGAUAAAAUGUGUAAAAUGACAUGAUUUGCUUCUCUGA